UCUCCAACUUUGGUCGGCCAAGCCGGAUCGGAUAGCGCUGAUCUCGAUCUGUACAUUUAGGGCUUCGUCUUCUCUCCAUCGCGAUCCCUUGUUGCUUCAGGUUCCAUAUCGUCAAGCGGCGGCCAUGGCGAAGAUGAUCACGCUCAAGAGCUCCGAUGGCGAGGUGUUCGAGGUCGAUGAGGCGGUGGCCAUGGAGUCGCAGACGAUCAAGCACAUGAUCGAGGACGACUGCGCUGAGAACGGCAUCCCGCUUCCCAACGUGACCUCCAAGAUCCUCGCCAAGGUCAUCGAGUACUGCAGGAAGCACGUCGACGCCUCUGCUGCUGCCGCCUCCAAAUCCUCUGAUGACUCUUCCAAGCUCGCCGACGACGAGCUCAAGUCCUGGGAUGCCGAGUUCGUCAAGGUCGAUCAGGCUACCCUCUUCGACCUUAUCCUGGCUGCAAACUAUCUGAAUAUUAAAGGGCUGCUGGAUUUAACUUGCCAAACCGUAGCUGACAUGAUCAAGGGGAAGACACCGGAGGAGAUCCGUAAAACCUUCAACAUCAAGAACGACUUCACCCCCGAGGAAGAGGAAGAGGUGCGGAGGGAGAACCAGUGGGCCUUUGAGUGAUGAACACUCCGCGCUCUCCAGACGUCCUUCUCAUCCUUCGAGUCAUAAGCAGUCGUGAUGGAUGUUUUUGGGGUAAUUUCGAACCUUUUGUUGAUCAUUAAGCAGGGAGUGCUCUGUGUCUCAUGUAGUUGGAAACUAUGACGACCAACAACGACUACUCUCUUUGACGAACAAUUUGCAAUUUACAUGGAUGAUUCUGUAUCACUUUGCUAG